CAGUCAUGGCUCUGAAGCGCAUCCUCUCCGUGGUGCGCCUCGGCACUCCUCGCCUCUCCUCUCUGUCAACGGCGCCGGCGACCCGCGAGCAGCCCGCCGCGGGCCCGGGGGCCGUGCCCGGACGCGGGGCGUCCGAGCCCGUGCGGCCGCCGGUGCCUACCGUGGACUUCGACAACGCGCAGGAGGCGUACCGUAGCCGGCGCAGCUGGGAGCUAGCGCGCAGCCUGCUGGUGCUGCGCCUUUGCGCCUCGCCCUUGCUGUUGGCGCACCAUGAGAAGCUGCUCCAUCUCUCCAGGAGACUUCUGGGACAAAGGCUGUUUGACAAGCUGAUGAAGAUGACUUUCUACGGACAGUUUGUGGCCGGCGAGGACCAGGAGUCCAUCCGGCCCCUGAUCCAGCAUAACAAGGCUUUUGGUGUGGGUUCCAUCCUGGACUAUGGAGUAGAGGAGGACCUGAGCACAGAGGAGGCGGAGCGCCAGGAGAUGGAGUCCUGCACCUCAGCGGCAGAGAGGAAGGACAGAGGCGCCACUGAGACGGAGAAGCAGGACCAAGCCCACCGGACCUUCAGAGAUCGCAGGGAUGGCGUCAUCAGCGCCCGCACCUACUUCUACUCCAGUGAAGCCAAGUGUGACAGCCACAUGGAGACGUUCCUGCGCUGCAUUGAGGCUUCAGGUGGAGUCAGUGAUGAUGGCUUCUCAGCCAUUAAGCUCACCGCGCUGGGGAGACCCCAGUUUCUGCUGCAGUUCUCAGAUGUGCUGACCAAGUGGAGGCGGUUCUUUCACCAAAUGGCCGCCGAGCAAGGGAAGGCCGGGCUGGCCGCCAAGGACAUGAAGCUGGAGGUGACCGCGCUGCAGGAAAGCGUGGCGAAGAUGGGCAUCGCAUCCAAGAAGGAGAUUGAGAGCUGGUUCACCACAGAGACCCUCGGCGUGUCCGGCACCCUGGACCUCCUGGACUGGAGCAGCCUCAUCGACAGCAGGACCGAGCUCUCCAAGCACCUGGUGGUCCCCAACAUGCAGACAGGACAGCUGGAGCCCCUGCUCUCAGGGUUCACCGAGGAGGAGCAGCGGCAGAUGACGAGGAUGCUGCAGAGGAUGGAUAUCCUGGCCAAGAAAGCCAUGGAGAUGGAGGUGCGGCUGAUGGUGGACGCUGAGCAGACCUACUUCCAGCCGGCCAUCAGCCGCCUGACACUGGAAAUGCAGCGCAAGUUCAACGUGGAGAAGCCGCUCAUCUUCAACACGUACCAGUGCUACCUCAGGGAUGCCUAUGACAACGUCACCCUGGACGUGGAACUGGCCCGCCGUGAGGGCUGGUGUUUUGGAGCCAAGCUGGUGCGAGGAGCAUACAUGGCCCAGGAGCGGGCCCGUGCUGCGGAGACUGGCUACGAGGACCCCAUCAACCCCACGUACGAGGCCACCAACGCCAUGUACCACAGGUGCCUCAACUACGUCCUGGAGGAGCUGAAGCACAAUGCCAAAGCCAAGGUGAUGGUGGCCUCCCACAACGAGGAUACAGUGCGCUUCACGUUGCGCAGGAUGGAGGAGUUGAGCCUGCACCCCGCCGAUCACCAGGUGUACUUUGGACAGCUGCUAGGCAUGUGCGACCAGAUCAGCUUUCCGCUGGGCCAGGCAGGCUUCCCUGUGUACAAGUAUGUGCCCUACGGCCCUGUGAUGGAGGUGCUGCCCUACCUGUCCCGCCGUGCCCUGGAGAACAGCAGUGUCAUGACGGGCGCCCAGCGGGAGCGGCAGCUGCUAUGGCAAGAGCUCAAGCGGAGGCUCCGCACAGGCAACCUCUUCUACCAUCCAGUCUAGCGCCCUGGGCCGCCAACACUGCCACCUGCCACCGACUCGGCCUCCCAGAGCCCUCAGGCUGGGGCGGGAUCUGUGGGGUCUGGGUGCUCCCUAGGCCGUAGCCCAGCCUCACGGAUUCACCUUUUUACACCCGAGACCUGCUCUAAGCGGGGCCUGUGUGAGACCCUGGCCCCUAUGCGGGGUGUGGGCACUCGGCUGUAGUCCCAGUCUGAUGCCUGCCACAGCCACCGAAACGUCAGGAACUGCCCUUUGAGUGGGCACUGCCCCAUCUCCGUCCACCCCUAUGACCUUGGACCCAAAGCCCACCUUCCACCAGGGCCUAACCCACAUAACUAAAGCCCCCCGGGUGGACAGUGGCCGUGCUGAGCAAGGCUGAUCAAUAAACCACUAUUU